AUGGCGUCUUCAUCCUGCGUGUCCUUCGCAUACGAUGACCUCGGGCUUCCCGUGGUCGCGAACCCUUCCCUAUCGGCUCCCUUUGCUCCCUCUGCGCCGGCUCUUCCGCCAGUGUCCACCGGAACCACAAUCGUUGCCGUUUCCUUCAAAGACGGCGUGGUUCUUGGCGCAGACACGCGAACGUCCGCCGGGAGCUACGUGGUGAACCGCGCAGCCAGGAAAAUCAGCAGAGUGCAUGAAAGGAUUUGCGUGUGCCGCUCGGGAAGUGCAGCGGACACUCAGGCGGUCACGCAGAUCGUCAAGCUGUACAUCCAGCAGUACGCUCAGGAGCUCCCCAAAGGCGAAGACCCUCGCGUCGAAGCCGCGGCCACCGUGUUUCAGUCCCUCUGUUACGAGCACAAAGAUGUGCUCACGGCUGGACUUAUUGUCGCUGGCUACGAUAAAGUAAAGGGAGGACAGAUUUACGCCAUACCGCUCGGUGGCGCUCUCAUGCCCAUGAGAUACACUGCUGGCGGUUCAGGCUCUGGGUACAUCAGCGCCUUUAUGGACGCCAACUUCAAAGAAAACAUGACUCAGGAAGAAGCUCUCACCCUCGUGAAGAACUCGGUCGCUCACGCCAUCUCCCGAGAUGGAUCUUCCGGUGGCAUGAUCCGAACUGUUGUCAUCACCAAGGAAGCCCUGUUGGAGGACUGCGUCGAGGGAAACCAACUCCCCGUGGACCCGUAA